CAAGUGCAAUUUGAUUAUUCUCCGAAUCAGCAAUGUAUUAUAAUCAGAGUGAGCAUUGGAAAUGUGAACCAAAGUUGAUAAAUACUCUGUCGAGAGAUUUUCGGGACAACGCAUUUUGAAAUCUUCCUUUUACGUGAGUUUUGCUCCUUGUCCAGCCGGACAAGAAAUAAUCACGAACAACAAUUAACCAGUGUCACAUUCUUGGUCGUCUCGUUGUCAGAUGCGAACGAACAUCGCUCCGAUGAUCUCAUGAACGCAUAUAUAGACUGCCACAAUGCCCAAAGGGCACGUGCUCUGCCCAACUGCCUCUGGACUUCCUCGUGUCAGCCUUUCUGCAAAAAGCACUUGGAGAGCGGGCGAGGGUGUGGCAACGGCCGUCGAGCUCUUGGAUCGUCUUUCUUCAUCUCGCUUCGGCUCUUCCAGGAACGUCGCCUGCCGCGGCCGACUCCGAGCCGAAACAAUACGCUUGCUGCAGCAGUUGCUACCCUACGGAAGAAUCGUUUUCUUUCGCUCCGCACAGGAGGACCCUCGCAAUGGGGCGCUACACCGGGAAAAAAUGCCGCCUCAUCUCCAUGUUCUGGCUGACGGCCUUCUUCUUCCUGGUGGAAAUCGUGGUGGGCUACGUCACCAACUCCAUGGCGUUGGUCGCCGACAGUUUCCAUAUGUUAAGCGACGUGGCGGCGCUCGUCGUCGCCUUCCUCUCCGUCAAGAUGUCUCCUAAAAAAUGGUCCAAGAACACAUUUGGAUGGGCAAGAGCAGAAGUUUUAGGAGCUUUAGUUAAUGCUGUGUUCCUUGUUGCCUUAUGUUUCUCUAUUACUGUGGAAGCUUGUAAAAGGUUUAUUGAAGUAGAAGAAAUCCACGAACCAGGGUUAAUUGUUAUAGUUGGAGGCUUGGGGUUAAUUGUUAAUGUUGUAGGACUGUUCCUUUUCCAUGAGCAUGGGUCUGGCCAUGGGCAUUCACAUGGAGGAAUUCAACAUAGCCACACCCGUCUGUCACAUCUCGUUGCAACGGAUGACAAUGAGAAUGAUGAGACCUUCCAGACACCACCUCCUGCUCCCAUUGAAGGCAGUAAGAAGAAGCAGACUUCCAAGGAGGAGUUCAAGGAUUCAGCUUCACAGAUGAACAUGCGUGGUGUGUUCCUGCACGUCUUGGCCGAUGCCCUAGGCUCUGUUAUUGUUAUAGCCUCUGCAUCUGUGGUAUACCUCACCCAGUGGAAGUAUCGUUUCUACAUUGAUCCAGCACUGAGCCUUCUGCUGGUGCUCCUGAUCUUGCGCUCCGUGUGGCCUCUCCUGCAGGAGUCUGCCCUCAUCCUGCUGCAGACUGUGCCCACACACAUCCAGGUCGAUGCCAUUCAGCGACGACUGCUCGACAAAGUGGAUGGUGUGUUGGCAGUGCAUGAAUUCCAUGUCUGGCAACUUGCUGGUGACCGAAUCAUCGCUUCAGCACACAUUCGUUGCAGAAAUCUUUCAGAAUACAUGAAGAUAGCUGAGAAAGUAAAAGAGUUUUUCCACAAUGAAGGCAUCCAUUCCACAACAAUUCAACCUGAGUUCAUUGAACAAUUCUCGGAAGACACUGUACAGUCAGCUCCUACUGAAGAUUGUGUUCUUGACUGCCCCAAGACGGAUAAACCCUGUACUCUUUCCACUUGCUGUGGACCUUCAAAACAUUCUAUUAGAACACGAUUAGUUCAAAGUUGUAAUUCAUUGCUACAAAAAUUAAUGGAAGAAAAGAGAGUACUUUUUUCAACAGUAAUGUAA